AUGACAGUACCAUUUUCUGACUACCGAUUGUUGCCGGUAGAGGAUAUCAUUCUAGCGAACGUUCGCGUGGAUCACAUCCCAGAAGAUUUGACUAGUUUAUUUGGUGCAUUGACACCCCUUUAUUUGAUAUUCUCGCGAGGUGCAACUGAUGGAAUACGUUUAAGUCAAACGAUUGUCAGCGAUCUUAAAAAAAAAACGAACACAUUGUGUUUGUUGGAAUAUGUUGGCUAUCGAUGCGAGACAGAUGAUCACUAUGUCUAUCGAUCUGAGACAUCGUAUGACGAAACAGUGCGACGUCAAGAGGGAGCAGAAGAGUUUGUAAAGUUUUUCAGCUACUUAAAAGCUGCGAAAAGCGAACCUGUGGAUAAUUUAAAAGAAUUCCUUCAAAAACAUUCCUCGCAAUACCGUACAACAUCUUCUGUUCGCACUCCACUCACUGCCGACGAGAUCGAAAGAGAAAACAAAAAUGCUCUAGAAAUGUUUCAGUCAUUCAAGAAAAGUCUCGUAACACCAUACAAUUCAUCGCCCUCAUCGGGUUUCAUUCGUCGACAGCUGGCGAUACUUGUUUUGAAACAGCUUUCAUCAAACCUCGACUGUACCACUGACGACAUUGAUGGAAAACUAGAUCAAUAUAUAAUCGAAUUAAAGAAUCGACAGCAACCAACGAGAGAAUGUCGAGCAGAUGAAGUCUAUAUCGAGUGUCUUAUUCGAUCAAACUUUGAUAUAAAUCGAGCUGUCGGCAUGCUGAAUCACUAUCCGCCGAAUUUAACUCCGCGUACAGAACAACCUAUUCCACAAGAACCAGUCGAAGUAUUCUCAAAAGAUGCCAAAGUAUAUCUAUCCAAAUAUUCUGGCUGGUCGACUACAUCGUUUGAUACGAAUAACAACAAGAUACAAGCAUCACUUGAGCAAGAUAAAUGGAAUGACAUUGAAUAUCUGUUACUAGCCAUUCAACAUUUACACCAAAAAAAUGACGAAAAAUCAGUAGAUGAAGAAUUUGUUUCGAAAAUGUUCCGAUUAAUUCAUUCGGAAUUAUCUCAUCUGAUUGGUGAUCAAGUACCAGUUAAACUUGAAACACUUGCUAGAAUUCUAUGUGAACGUUCGGGCGAAGUUAUCGAAAACUUGGACGUAGAAACGUUGAAGAAUAUCCUGACAUCGGUAGAAUUCAACGAUAAUUUCAUACAGAAUACAAUAGCCUGCUUAGAAUUUACUUGUUCAAUGUGCACUGGCUCAUAUCCACGAACGAAAAUAGAAGCAAUGCUUCUGUGCGAGCAUAGCUUCUGUUUCGAUUGUGUCAAACGAUACUAUCGGGUGAAAAUCUUUGAGAUAACGGAUGAGAAUUCAUUAAAAAUGUUCACGUGUGUCGAGACUCCUGUUGAAAUCGCGUCCGACCGACGAUCGAACUUCUUACCUUGCUUGUUUUCGAAAAUUAAUCAAUGGUUCAAAGAUGAUCCCGAAGCUCUUAGAAAGUGGGAACGCGAUUCUUUAAUCGCAUUAGCUGGCGAAAGAAUAAAAAAAUGUGGUAGUUCAAAAUGCACCGGAUACUAUUACUCCGAUAACGAUGAUACCGUUGGUGUUGCUCGUUGUCAAGAAUGCAACUUCGCUCAAUGUCGACUUUGUGCGAAAAAAUGGCAUGCGGAACAUUCGACUAUGAAUUGUGAUGAAUACACGGAAUGGUUAAUUGAAAACGAUCCUGAUGAUGAAACCGUGCGAGCGUUGAAGAUCAUAAGCGAUACGGCUAUUGUAUGUCCAAAAUGUGAACAUAUUUAUCAGUAUGAAGCGGGAGGCUGCGAGCAUUAUACGUGUUUGACUUGCAAGACAGAUUUUUGUCGUAUGUGUUCCACACUCUUCUAUUCACCUUCCAAAGAACCGAAAUGCAACAAAGAAAAUUGCACUUUAAAGAGUACGAUUCACGCACAUUGCGCUUGGAAUUGUUUUCGUGAAACUCGUAUUGCUGAAAUUCAGACAAUUCACAAAGUAUUAGAAGAUCAAGAAGUAGACAUAGAUGCAGAAUUGGAAAAAAUUGCCGAAACACAACAAGAAAAAUGUCCAAUUAGUGGAUGUGACAAAAAAACAUCACCCAUCAGCGGUGGUCGACUAUGCGAGGUUUGCUAUAAGCAUUUUCUCUGUUCUCUAAUAUGGCGUUUUCAAAUUGAGCCUUGGGAUAUUUAUGAAGAUAAUAAUCUACAGCAAAUGCUGACGAAAUCAUCCGUUACUAUUCCGACAGAUUGUAAUCGAAAUAAUUUAAUUGCAUUGUGUAAAGAUAAAUUAAAACAAUUACUGGGUAAGCCGAAAAAAUUGAAGAAACCUAAACCACAUCGAACUUGUUCACUGAAUUCGUGUGAAUUACGUGAUCAAGAUCAAAUGACUUUGAAUAUUAUUAGUAAAUUGAAAGCGAGGAUUCAACGACAUCAGCGGAUUGAUCGCUCGACAAUUGAAUCAGAAGUCGUUGAUAUCAAAUAUGAAAUGGAUCCUCAUCGAUAUGAUAUCAACCAAUGGAGAAAACAACUAUCACUCAACAUGUCGAACUGUCCUGAUCGUAUUUUACGUGAAUCAAUGGCAUACAGUGAUGAUCCUCACAAAGCACAGUCCAUCAUAGCAAAAAAGUCGAAUGAAACAAAUUCAAAUCGAAAUCCUGUUGAAUCUUCACUUAAUAAUCUUACAGACUAUUUAACGACACUUCGGGAUGAUUUAAAAGCGAAUCCAUUGACAGAUCUGUUUAGUACUGUUUACAAUGUCAAUGAUAGCGAUUCGGACCGUAUCAAUCGUUUAUUUCUCAGCGAAGCAUUACAUUUCUGUCCUGCCCUUUCACAUUAUACUUGCAAUGAAGCACAUGCCGCAGUGCAAGGAAUCCGUGCAGUAAACUAUCAUUUAAACGAGCCUGAUGAUCUUCUUGCAAUUCUUAAAACAUGCCAUUCAUCUGAUGAGGUUCGACAAUAUUUAGAACAACGAUUGUCAAAGUCAAUCGACCAUUCACAUCUAUCGACAUAUUCAACAUCACAAUCCUUCGAUUAUCAUCGUCCAAAUCAUUACAAUUCUCCAAAUAAUGUCGAUUAA